UUUUAACUCUAGCACCAUGGUACUGGGACUCCUCUUUGUGACUGUCUUCGUGCUUUCAGAUGCCGUUGCCAUGAAGAAGCAAGCUUAUUUCAAUAGGACUGCAUACCUGCCAUGCCAUCCUACAAAGGCCCAGAAUAUGAGCUUGAGUGAGCUGGUAGUAUUUUGGCAGGACCAGAAAAAGUCUGUUCUGUAUGAGCACUAUUUUGGCAGAGAGAAACUUGAUAACGUGAAUGCCAAGUACCUGAACCGCACAAGCUUUGAUGGAGAAAACUGGACUCUAGGACUCCACAAUGUUCAGAUAAAGGACAUGGGCUUGUAUGAUUGCUUUAUACAAAAGAAGACACCCAAAGGAUCAAUCAUCCUCCAGCAGACAUAUACGGAGCUGUCAGUGGUCGCUAACUUCAGUGACCCUAAAAUCGAGGUUCAGUAUAAAGACAGGAAUUCUGGCAUAAAUUUGACCUGCUCAUCUCAGCAAGGUUUUCCCAAACCUACCAAGAUGUAUGUUUGGAUCGCUAAUUCAACUAACGAGUACAGCGAUGAGAUGCUGAUAUCACAAGACAACGUCACGGAACUCUUCAGUGUUUCCAUUAACCUCUCCAUCCCAUUCCCUGACGAUGUGUGGAGUGUGACCGCCGUGUGUGUUCUAGAAACCGAGUCAAUGACGACUUCCUCCACACCUCAAGAUAUAGUUCUUCCAAGGUCAGAAUCCAAUGAAGACGAAAGGAAAUCCUGGAUUGCAGCUGUCAUCACUGCUCUGAUCUUCUUCACACUUGUGCUAGUCUACCUGAUAAAUAGAUACAAGAGGAAGCAGGAACGGCCUGGCAUCUCUUAG